UGGGAGUGAUUUCGUCAUAAUUUUUGUCUCGAAUUUCCGUCCUCCCGAGUUCACUUCUUCUCUAAUUUCCUCCUCAAAUUCAAUUUAUUUCUCUGCUUAUUCCAUUAAAUUUCUGUUGUGGAGAUACUCGGUGUAUUGUUGUCGAAUUGGUGACUAUGGUAAAAUAAGUGCCUUCAAGUGAAAAGUGAGAAAAAAUAGCUGAUUCGGUCUUUUUGUGGCAAAAUCCAAAACACUGACGCUCAAAUUCUGCAAUGUCGUAUUCCUGCAACAUUAAAUUCAGCAAUCCCAAUGAUGUGGUACACCCAGGCGAGAGACUACUGGGAGAAGUUGAGUUGAUUCUGGAUAAACCAAGGAAAUACAAAGGCAUUUAUGUUGUGAUCACGGGCUAUUCUGAAAGUGAAUGGCGCGAGAAAGAAAAGACAGAGGUGGAUGGAGAGACAAAGAAGAAGCGGGAACACUACAAGGGUCGUUUGGACUAUUUCAAUGAGAUCUACUAUCUUUUGGCACAGUCAGAUGGGAUUCCUGUGGAACUUCAAACGGGACAGCAUAAAUUUAAUUUUGCUUACACAUUACCGGCCAUACUUCCACCUUCUUGGACAGGAGAAUUUGGCCAUGUGACGUAUCGUGUAAAGGCUGUUUUGGAUCGUCCAUGGCGUCCUGAUGAGACGCACAAGAAAAAUUUUAUUGUGAUGACGCAGUUUACGAUAACACAGCAACAUUUCUAUCCGCUCAAACUUCAGGAAGUUGAGCAAUUAUGGUGCCUUCCGUUUCACACGAUGCCUUUCACAGUGGAGGCUGAAGUGGCUAAGACUGGCUUUUGCCUAGGCGAGGGUGUUCCAGUGAUUGUGAGGAUACAGAAUGAGAGCAAUUCCACCAUUCAUGAGAUUAAAUUUCAACUACGUCAGAUAAUUGCUUUCUACAGCAUGACUCCUAGACGUCAGAAGAAGGAAUCAAUUAACAAGAUGGUUGAUAUUCGAUGCAAAGUGAUGGAUUCACGGAAGAUUGGCCUCUUCCAGCGAACCCUCAUGCUUCCCCAGUUGCCCGUGUCUUUUGACACAAAAACUGAUCUCCUGGGGAUUGCGUAUGAGGUGCGCAUUGAGGUGAAAGUUGGGGGAUUAAAUAAGAAUCCAGUGGUGAGAAUUCCCAUUUCUGUUGGAAAUGUGUCAACUGAGCCAAAUGCACCAGCUGCUUCUCCUUCAAUUUAUCCAACUUUGGGGCAUCAUCAGAGUUUUUCCAGUGGAAGUGCCAUUCUCGACACAUCCCUGUGGAAUGUUAGUCAGCAAAUGGAUAUUUCUGCCACAUCAGAUGUCUCCAAUCCAAGUGUCAGUUUGUCCAGUGAUGCAACAUCAGUCAAUGCGAGUGCUCCUCCACCAUCCUAUGAUGCUGCCAUGUCCACAAGUAUGACUUUCUCGGAGACUCAAAAGCAAGAAAUAUCUCAAAAAUUAUCAACACCGCAACAGGCAUAUCUCAGAGGAGAUGAGAUUUCCCUAAAGGUAGAAGUUACGUGUCUUCGUCGUGGUCAAUGUCGAUUAAGAGAUAUUCGUUACACACUUGUGCGAUACUAUGAGUACAAAGUAAUACUUAAGGAGGUUGUUUUAGAAGAUGUAAUACUUCAUACUGAGCAUGGUUUCAGUUACAUUAUGUCUAAUCAAUCUAUCGGCUAUGGAGACACAAAGACUUACGUCGGCUGUGUCAGAAUUCCUGAUGAUUGUCUACCGACCUAUGAAAACAGGAAUGACAAUUAUUGUAAAUACAUGAGGAUCACGUAUGCCAUUGAGUUCAAAGCUAAGCUGCGCAAAUGGUUGAUUAACUUACCCGUUGUUGCUAGAUUACCCAUAAGAAUUUGCACUGAAGUUGAAGAAGGUUCCAUGCGAUCUGAUGAAUAUCCAUUCCUUCAUCUUGGACCACAUCCAAUACGUCCGAUUCCUCUGUCUGAAUUAGAUGAUGAUACUUUAGGUGGAAGGGGUAUGCCCGUUGGAGGAGAGAUGAUUCCUAUGAAGAAGCUGACUACUGUCCAGGAAGAUACAGCUGAAGCUUCAUGUAGCAACAGUGUACAACAAGAUGUGAUGUCAAACGAUGAGUCUCAAAUGAGUAGUCCUGUUUUACAUGAAGUAAAUGUUGCAAUGCCACAAUCAAAGGAUGACGAUUCUUCUGAAAGUAAUGCACCGGAAGUUCAUAAUAUUGUUGCUACCGUUCAUCACUCAAAGGAGGUGGAAUCAGAAGAAAGCUCAACUCUGGAAUCAGGAAAGGAUGAUGAAACCAACCAUCAAGAAGUAGGUGCUGAUGCUAAACCUGCCGGGGAUGAUCUGGCAGAGACUACGCACGAAAGGCGGAACAGUGGUGGGAAUGUGGCCUGGAGAGUGAGCAAGAGGGUGACGUCACUCGCCCAAGUGAAAGUUUCAGUGGUUUUUGUAGUGUUACUUGCAGUGAGACUUGUGAAUAGAAAAUUCUACGAGAUGGUCAACUGUGACAUCAAGUUUAGCUCUCCCCAGGGAAUUUACUAUUCUGGACAAACGCUUUCUGUCCAGAUAGCGCUGAGGUUCGAUAAACCCAAGAAAUUCCGAAGCAUCUAUGUAAUUUUCCGAGGAAGAGCCAAAUGUUUUAUUGCGAAGAAUGUUGGAACGCACACGAGGCGCCAAAGGGUCGUGUAUAAGGGUGAAGAGACUUAUGUAAAUUCCACUAGCUAUCUCCAUGGCAGUGAGACAGCUGAAGCUGUGGAAUUGCCGGGUGGAGUGCACAAUUUUACAGUGGCAUGUGCUCUUCCUGACCAAUUGCCCUCCUCCUUCGAGGGAGAUCACGGCAGCAUCAGGUACAGCGUUAAAGUGGUGGUUGAUCGUCCUUGGAAAUUUGAUCACACAUUCGAGGAAGCUUUCACGGUGCUGAAGCAGUAUGAUUUGAAUUUUGACUCAUCGCUACGUCUGCCGUUUGAGCGACAGAAAGUCUCAACUUUCUGCUUCUGGCCAUUCCGCUCCGGACCAAUGCAAAUCACUGUAAAACUCCCACAAACUGGCUUUGUGCCUGGUCAGGCAGUACCAGUGGUGGUUGAUAUUAUCAAUGAUUCUGGUACUUGCAUCAACUACUUCCGGUUGCUACUGAAGAAGGUUGUUCUGUAUCAUUGUACAACGCCUAAGCCGAAGACGCGUCGACAGAAGGAGAUUGUGGUGAAUAAUAGGGUGGAGAAGAAGGCACCGGGAUCGGGUAGUACUCAGGCGGUAUUAUCCUUGGAAAUUCCAUCAGUUCCGCCCACGAACAUCACACACAAUCGUGUCAUUCACAUCACAUAUGAGUUGAAAGUUUGCGCCAAAACAUCACGGUGCAGCGAUGAUGUGGAGAUUAGGGUUCCUAUAGUGAUAGGAACUGUGCCUCUUAUGUCUGGAGCACUUGGCAUGGCAUCAACCUCUGGUGGUCCUGGUGGACCUGGUGGACCUGGUGCGCAAGGAUUUAAUCCAAAUUUACCUCCACCUUCGUAUGAGGAGUGUAUUUCAGGGAAGUAUGACAUAAAGGAGGACAGUGAUGAUAAAACCAACAGCAAACCUUUUGCACCGAUGUAUCCAGUCUACAGAUACGAUGUAGCACCUCAAUCCACAACACCACAAUCUCCACCGCCGCAGACAUUUUAUCCAAAUCCCCAACAGCCACCAUAUCCAGUUGCUCAAGCCACGGAUAUCCCUAUGGCUGGAUCAAUUGGAUUCAGCAUUCCGCCCAAAUCUCCGCCCAAGGAGAAAACCACAUAAGCAGAGUCGGAAAUGGAUGGGAAUGUCAUAUGGAUCUAUCCGCAUAAAUUAGCAUCACUUUAUUGAUGGUUUUCACGGAGAUUUUCUACUUUAAUAUUUUUCCUACUCAAUAUGAGCUUUUCUUGAGAGGAAAAAGAGAAAGAGAGGAAUUUUCUUGUACAAUCUCAGAUAAAAUUCUUUCAUCUUCAAAUAUUCCUGGAAUGGGAAUUGCAAUUGUAAGUAUAUAGUCUACAUAAUACUCGUUUAUAUGGAUAGUAUUGCAAUAAGUACUGGAGAAUUUCAAUAAAAGCUCCAUUCGAUGUAAAA